AUGCCCACUACAUUCCGUGAAGCUGAUCCCGGUUUGGCCACAGAUUCACACCUGUCCAAGUCGGCAGCUUUGUUCGAUACAGAGCUUACACCUCCCCAGUUCCACGCCUCUUAUCGGUGGUGGGAGGAAGAAGCGCUGCCAAUACUUUGGGCAUUUAACAUUGGCGACAUCAAAAGGCUACUCCAAUUUCGCUUGUACGACGAUGUCGAUUUCCCAAGGAAGAUCUUGCAGAAUCGGAACACCGCCAUUUUAACGGAAUUUAUUGUAACUUUAUUUCCCGCGGGCCGAUCAGACCUUCCUGGCCUUGCUCACCACGAGAAGGUCGAUGAAAUACUCCGUCUGUGCCAAACAUUUAGCUUCCCACUCCCAUGGAACUGGCUCCCCAGCGAUCUGGACGGCAUCCAUCCCAUUACUACUGCACUGGAAAUCGACACUGAAAGCGUUUUGCAGUUCAAAUCGGUCCCCUUCGAAGACUGGGUUCGCUAUUCCCUCGGGUAUCCCACCAUGUCUGUGAUAUGGUUUGUGGAGCAGCACCGAGAGCUGUAUAACCUUGUCUCAGCGCACCUUGAGAGGGACCCCGACCAAAUCUAUGCCUAUAUCGAGGUCGAGAAGUAUCUUCGAUUCCGUUCCCCUUGGGCUCAUCGUUCAGUCCUUCAGUGUUUGAAAGAGAAGGGUUUCGCAAGCGGCAAUAAUACUUCGAACCAGCGCAUUGCUAGCUUCCUCAUUGAGCCUAUACAUGCACUGUUCGAAUCUCCUCCUAGACCAUUUGUCAAGUUCCUAAAAAAGCUCUCAGUGCUUUCGAUUCGUUUCUCGCGCAAGUAUCAUCAAAAUGCAGAAAUCGACUGGACUAACCCUUUCGUGGCGGACUUGCCUCAUCUGGAUGAAUUCCUUGCAUCAAACCCCGCCACAACGCUCGCAAGAAGACUGACUUAUUCCGAUGGGCGUGAUUUUACUGGCCUUUCACCUGAGAGCUUUGAGCAAGAAGAUGAAAAACUUCGAGCUCUGAUGGAUCAUUGGGAUUUGCUUUCCACAUCGGUUGAAGAAUGCUGCAUAGCGUUCCCUGAAAUGACACCUUAUUUCAAGGAUUGCGUGAAGGCAUUAUUUCAAGGGAAAAACUACUAUUCGGCAACCGCGAUACUCCAUGGGCUCCAUGAAUUGCAACCUUCGCCAUACAUUUUAUCCCUGACGCUGCGUGGCGAUUCAGUAGAUUCCUACGCCAGCCUUCUCGAUUCUACCGAAAACUUCGCAGCCUACAAGAAGAUCAUGAAGGAAAAGCCAGGAAUCCCAUUUUUACACCCCCAUAUUGCAGAAUAUCAUUCUCAGGGGCAAAAGGCCAUCGCUGGAUUGUUUCCUUUAUCUACUUUGUAG